CCCUAUGGGAGGUUAAACACUCCUAAGGAGGGGAGUACCCCAUAAUGACUUAAACUGGGAAUUGAGUUUUACAUGAUUAUGUGUAUUGAUAUAUUGGAUGAAAUUACCUGCAUCAUGGUGUUCAAAAUUGAGUUUUGAACUUAUUUGUUUUCAAGUAUUUAUUUUGGGAAAAUUUUUGUUUUAACCAAGUGAGAGAUUUGGUGAAGAAUGAAUUUUGUGUGGAUCAAUCUAAGGCCAAUAUUUCCUUGUAGCUCGCACGGAAGUUGUGAAAAUGUUCCUACUGACCAGUCGAGAGGAGUGGGGGCGGUUGAUGCAAGACCGCCAGUAUUAGAUUAUGCAAAGAUGAAGAGUUUGGGUGGUAGGGACUUUAAGGGAGAUGUGAGCCCAGAUGCUGUAGUAGAGUGGUUGAGAGAGAUGGAAGAUGUGUUUGAAUAUCUUUAUGCGACCCCAGAGGAAAAAGUACAAUAUGUUGUUUUUCUCCUAAAGGGGUACGCGAGGAGCUGGUGGUCUUCAGUCUCUAGAGUUAAUGGUGAACGAGUUCAGUUCACCUGGGAGGAGUUCCUGAAGGCCUUUAAGACAGAGUUUCUUCCCGAAGCUUUUAUCAGGGCAAAGAACAAUGAAUUUGCCAACCUUAAGCAGGAGAAUAUGACAGUUACUGAGUACACCAUCAAGUUUGUUCGACUGCUUUACUUUGAGGAUGGGUUGGCGGAUACUGAGCAAAAGAAGAAGAUGAGAUACUUGCAUGGUUUGCGCAUAGGAUUGAAAGAAAAGAUCCACAGGGUUGAUGAAGAGAGCAUGGCCACAAUCAAGGAGGCUGCACUUAAGUAUGAAGCCUAUGAAGUUGAGAGCCGAGAGGAACACAAGGCUAAAGAAGAGGAGAAGAAGAGGAAGUUUGGAGUAAAUUAUGCUGGACCUCGUUACCCACCCAGGAGAGGUCCUAGCAGUUUUGGGAGAACACAGAGUCAAUCUAUGUCGGGAACAUCAUACAGGGCACCAAUUUCCUCAGCCACACAAUUUCCAUUUUGUCAAGUUUGUCAGAAGAGGCAUCUUGGAGAGUGUAGGAGAUUUUCUGGUGUAUGCUUUCAGUGUGGCCAACCUGGGCACAUCAUGAGGGAUUGCCCGCAUGCGAGAGAAGUAAGAGCUACACAGUCCGAGCCUUCAGUGCAAAUGAGUAGAGCCCCAUUCAGGGGUGGUUACCAGGGAGGCCGCAGUGGACUUCAGAGUGGUCGUGGUGGUUCACAGGGUGGUAGAGGUGGUGGUCGAAAUCAGCCAUCAGGAAGUGGUACGCAGGGUACCAGAGCACAGGGAGCACCAAGGGUUUAUGCAAUGACUCGAGGUGAGGCAGAAGUGGCACCAGAAGUUGUGACUGGUAUGCUUUCUAUCCUUGGCAAGCAAUUAUAUGCUUUGAUCGAUACUGGUUCCUCUCACUCAUUCAUGUCAUAUACGUUUGCACAUAUGCUACGCUUAGUUCCAGAUAAGCUAGGUUAUACCUUAUGUGUUAAAACACCUGUGGGAGAUACCUUGAAGGUAGACUCAGUUAUUAGAAGUUCCUUCAUUUGUGUGGAAGGAGCUUUCCUAGCAGCAGAUUUAAUUCUGCUACCUUUUGAUGAAUUCGAUGUCAUCCUUGGAAUGGACUUUCUGGCAACACAUGGAGCUGUUGUGGAUUGUCAAAAGAAAGAAGUGUUAUUCAGCACACCAGAUAAAGGUCCUGUUGUAUUCCGAGGCAUUAAGAAAAAGGAGACUCAUGGUUUUCUUUCUGCCUUGGAAGCUUUUCGAUUAGUGAAGGAAGGUUGUGAAGCCUUUCUUGCUCAAGUUACUAUAGUAAAUGAUAAGAAGGUUGAGGAUGUAGAGGUGGUAAGGGAAUUUCCUGAUGUAUUCCCCGAAGAACUUCCCGGCCUUCCACCAGAGAGGGAAGUAGAGUUUGAUAUUGAAUUGGUACCUGGCACAACACCAAUUUCAAUGGCACCAUAUAGAAUGGCACCAAUUGAGCUGAAGGAGCUUAAAGAACAAUUGCAAGAAUUGUUAGACAAGGGGUUUAUUCGACCUAGCAUCUCACCUUGGGGUGCACCGGUUUUGUUUGUCAAGAAGAAAGAUGGCUCCAUGAGAAUGUGCAUUGACUACCGAAGGUUGAAUAAGGCGACAGUGAAGAAUCGUUAUCCCCUUCCAAGAAUAGAUGAUUUGUUUGAUCAAUUGCAGGGUGCAUCGGUCUUUUCUAAGAUUGAUUUGAGGUCUGGAUACCAUCAAUUGAAAGUGGCAGAUGGAGCAACCUCAAAGACAGCUUUUAGAACAAGAUAUGGGCAUUAUGAGUUCCUGGUAAUGCCUUUUGGACUCACUAAUGCACCAGCGGUAUUUAUGGCUCUUAUGAACAGAGUUUUCCAUGAAUAUCUUGAUAAGUUUGUGAUUGUGUUCAUAGAUGAUAUUCUCAUCUAUUCUAAAAGCGAGGAGGAGCACAAAACUCACCUUAGAAUUGUGUUGCAAAUUCUAAGGGAGAAACAAUUAUAUGCAAAAUUCUCAAAAUGUGAGUUUUGGCUGAAGGAGGUAAUAUUUCUGGGACAUGUAAUUUCUGGAAGAGGUGUCGAGGUGGAUCCGAAAAAGGUGGAAGCAGUGGUGAGUUGGACUCCACCAAAAGAUGUGUCGGAGUUGAGAAGUUUUCUUGGCAUGGCUGGUUAUUAUCGGCGGUUUGUCGAAGGAUUUUCUAAAAUUGCUGCACCAUUGACUAAACUGUUGAGGAAGAAUACUAAGUAUGUUUGGGAUGAAUCAUGUCAAAAGAGUUUUGAUGAACUGAAAAAGAGAUUGACCACAGCACCAGUACUUGCACUACCUUCAAGUCAGGGAGAGUUUGUGGUGUAUAGUGAUGCCUCGUAUCAAGGAUUGGGCUGUGUGUUAAUGCAAGAUGGAAGAGUUAUCGCAUAUGCCUCUAGGCAAUUGCGUCCUCAUGAAGUAAAUUAUCCCACUCAUGACUUAGAAUUGGCAGCGGUGGUAUUUGCUCUCAAGAUUUGGCGACAUUAUUUGUAUGGUGAGACUUUUAAAAUUCUAACUGAUCACAAAAGCUUGAAGUAUAUUAUGGAUCAGAAGGAUUUAAAUAGUCGCCAGAGGAGAUGGAUAGAGUUGUUGAAAGAUUAUGAUUGUACCAUUGAUUACCAUCCAGGUAAAGCUAAUGUAGUUGCGGAUGCCCUAAGCAGAAAGGGGAAGAAGAAUAUAAAUGAUCUGGUUGAUUUGAGGGCAAUGAAUGUGGAUUUGGAAGUGGAUGGUGUGAUAGGGUUACUAGCUCGGUUGAACAUUCGACCUUUGUUGCACGACAAAAUUCGUGAGAAGCAGAAGGAGGACCCAGAGUUGGUAAAAAUCAUUCAAGACAUUCAGGAAGGAAAAGAAAGCCCAUUUGAAAUGGUAGAUGGCAUGUUGAAGAUUAAUGGAAGAGCAUGUGUUCCUAAUGUUGAUAACUUGAGGAAAGAGAUCCUAGAUGAAGCUCAUUCUUCUGCUUAUGCUAUGCACCCAGGAGCAACUAAAAUGUAUCACACGAUCAAACCAUAUUUUUGGUGGCGUGGGAUGAAAAAGGAAGCGGCUGAACAUGUUUUCACAUGUCUAGUAUGUCAGAAAGUUAAGGCAGAACAUCAAGCUCCCGUGGGAAAACUGCAACCACUUCCAAUUCCAGAAUGGAAGUGGGAAAGAAUCACAAUGGAUUUUGUAUAUGGUCUCCCAUCAUCAAGGGGAAAAGAUGCAGUAUGGGUUAUUGUGGACCGACUAACCAAAUCGGCUCACUUUUUACCCAUUAGAUGGAAACCAUCACUGGAGACUUUGUCUCAACUAUAUAUUAAGGAGAUCGUCAGAUUGCAUGGUGUGCCAAUUUCUAUUGUCUCUGAUCGAGACCCGAGCUUCACAUCUCGGUUUUGGCAAAGUUUACAUGAUGCCUUGGGAACUAAAUUACAUUUUACUUCAGCUUAUCAUCCUCAAACAGAUGGGCAGAGUGAACGAACCAUCCUAACCUUGGAGGAAUUACUUCGAUCAUGUGUAAUGCAAUGGGAGGAAUCAUGGAUUGACCAUUUGCCCUUAAUUGAGUUUGCUUACAACAACCAGUACCAUAGUAGCUUGGGUGUUCCACCAUAUGAAGCACUUUAUGGGAGGAAGUGUAGAACACCAUUAUGUUGGGAUAUAGAAGGAGCAAGGCAAAUCUCAGGGCCAGAGAUAGUUCAGAUCACAGUUGACAAGGUCAAGGAAAUCAGGGAGCGUUUGAGGGUGGCUCAAGAUCGACAGAAAGUUUAUGUUGACACGAGUAGGCGUGAAGUUAAUUUCGAAGUGGGUGAGAAAGUAUUUCUCAAAGUGUCACCUUGGAAAGGCGUAAUGAGAUUUGGUAAGAAAGGGAAACUUGCACCUCGGUAUAUUGGGCCAUAUGAAAUCACAGAGAAGAUUGGACCAGUGGCUUAUAAGUUAGCAUUGCCUCCAGAACUAUCUCAAAUCCACAAUGUAUUUCAUGUUAGUAUGCUGAAGAGGUACAAAGUGGAUCCUUCCCAUGUCAUACAACCGGAAGAGAUCGAGUUGGGUCCAGAUUUAACUUUUGAGGAGGUUCCAGUUGAGAUUGUUGAUUUUCAGAUUAAGACUCUUCGCAGGAAAGAAAUUCCAAUGUUGAAAGUGGUGUGGAGAAAUCAAGAUAGUGAGAGUGCUACCUGGGAAACUGAAGCAAGUAUGCGAGAGAAGUACCCUGAGUUAGUAGCAACCUACUUUGCAGGUUAACAAUCUUGCCUAGUAAGUUAUGUUUUGAACUUGUUGAUGUGCUUUUGUUGUGAUAGCCCAGUAUAGGUUUUUGAAACCUAAACAUGGGAACUUGAGGUGUUAUGUGUUACUCUCUAUGUUAUGAAUCUCCUAACCUAAAAGUAAGGUAGUAACAAGAUUUGUGAUAGUGUAGGUUAGGGGGGGAACGAGCGGAUUUGUAACAUCGAUUCAAGAAUAGAUUUCGGGGACGAAAUCUUUUAAGGAGGGGAGAAUUGUAACAUCCCGUUCCGGCAAAACCCAUAUUUCGAUCGCUAGAAAGUUCGCGAUUUAAAAUCGAGCAUUUCGACACUAUUUCGGCGAAAAUCGGAUUAUCGAUCGAUCGGAUAAGUAUACGUAUUAAUUAUAUAUAUAUAUAUAUAUAUAUAUACACGGGACAUUUAAUUCCCUUCCCAGACAAACUCUCCAGAAACCAUAUCAACUUCUUCUUCUUUUUAGUUUCCGCGAGAGAAGUAGAGAAACAGAGCGUUCGGGGGAAAAAUUCUCCAGCUCAAAUUCUUGAGCCCUAGUGAUCCAAAAAUCCCGUAAGUAAUGCCUAAUUCAUCUAUUCAUCGUGAUUUAUCGAUUUAGAGCUUUAAAACGAGUUUUUGGUUCAGGAAUUUCUUGAAUUCCCGAUCUGCCAGAUUAGGGUUUCGGAGUAUCCGGAAGCCGGAUUGAGCCCAAAUUUCAUAUACGAGCUUCCUGCAGCGAGGUAAUCAAUCCUCUAGUUCUAAUCUCUGAAUUUCGGCAAUUAUUUAGGCCGGGGUCCAAACCGCUGAAUUUAGCUCCGGCCAGGGUUUGAUGUGUUUUUAUCGAGAAUUAAACCCGGAGCCUAGAACUAAUAUUGACGGGGAUACUGCAGGGGAUAUUAGGACGGUCUCGGAUUUUAAUUCGGGGUUCGUUCGUGAAAUUGACGUUUUAGUACGGGAAGGUUAAAUCGGGGUUUGAACGACCAGAACUGGUGAGGGAUUAGCACGGCAUACCGGGUUUGUCGUAUCACGAUAAUUAUAUUGAUGCUUAGAAUUGAUCUAGGUGAACUAGAAUGGCAUGAUUAGGGGUGUAUUGACUUUUGUGCUAUAUGAUGAACCCUGGACUACUGUAUGAUAUUAUUGACUUGCUCUAAUCGAUAUGAACCUUGUUUAUGUGGAUGAUUUCCUACAUGUUGUCAUUUGUGGCUUAACUGUUGAUAUGACUUUAUGGUUGUUCGAUAAGGGUUUUUGACAUGGUGUGAUAUUAUGGUUGUAUUUGGAUCCAUAAGUGGGGGAAUAAACUUCCCAAGGUGAUAUUAUGAUGUUUAAGGAGGAUGACUUGCACGAGGGUUUAUCCCGAGGAAGUGCAAUUAUACGACUCCUGAUUUACCUAUGUUGAGCCAAUUAUGGUCAGGUAAAGUACAUGUGCAAGUAACGAAUUGUGAUUAAGCAAGAUGAGAUAUGAAUCAUGUAUAAGGAUACCAAAUAUGAGUGUUAUGGUCUCACGGUCAACUACAUAGUAAUUAGGGCUCCCUAUGCUAUUACUCUAUUAUGAUAUGUAUGAUAGUCACACCUCUCAUAUGGUGGUGACUGAAGAAUUCUUAUGAGAUAUGACCACACCCAGAGCGGUGUCGGGGUAUGACUACACCCAUAGUGGUGUGGGGUAUGUAUGACCACAUCCGACGGGAUGUUGGGGUAUGUAUGACUACAUCCGACGGGAUGUGGGGUAUGUUUCCCGGGAGAGUUAUUAGCAUGGGAGUAGCCAGGCGCCUAUGAUUAAAACAUGAUAAGAUGC